GAAUUGUUCUAUGUACCAAUAGAGCGCCCUCCACCCCCAACAAGCAGUUUGUGGCUGCCAACUGCAAGGGGUCCGCCUUUAGCGCAACCUAUUGACAAAUGGAUCCUUCAACAUAUUCUGAUGGUGUAUUACUCGCCACCAACAUGGUUCGUUCUCCAUGUCUUGGAGACGUUCUCCAGCAUGCACGGACAAAAGGGUGUCCUUGGAUUUCUGGAAUCUCACGAGAACUUUCCUUUUACAGCUCAAGGGAUUGUUCCAGACAUUGUAAUCAAUCCCCAUGCAUUUCCUUCAAGGCGAGGUUUCUCAAGAUGGGGAAAUGAGAGAGUUUACAAUGGCCGGACGGGUGAAAUGGUUCAAAACCUAAUUUUCAUGGGCCCAACAUUCUACCAGCGCCUUAUCCAUAUGGCUGAAGACAAAGUGAAAUUCCGUAAUACUGGACCAGUCCAUCCCCUUACUCGCCAACCUGUGGCUGACAGAAAACGCUUCAGUGGAAUUAAAUUUGGUGAAAUGGAGCGCGACUGUCUGAUAGCUCAUGGUGCUGCAGCGAAUUUGCAUGAACGCCUUUUCACACUUAGUGACUCCUCCCAGAUGCACAUAUGUGGGAAGUGCAAGAAUAUGGUAAAUGUAAUCCAGAGGUCCGUGCAAGGUGGUAAAGUAAGGGGCCCGUAUUGCCGCUUCUGUGAAUCAGUUGAAGACAUAGUGAAGGUUGAUGUGCCAUAUGGUGCAAAGUUAUUAUGCCAGGAGCUCUUCAGCAUGGGCAUAUCUCUGAAGUUUGACACUGAAAUUUGCUAG